UGGAAUGUGACAAGCAUGGCCCUUACCUAAAAUUUCAAGCUGCUGGAUAAUGCUGUGCCUUGAAUACGCUUGCAUUGGCAAGCUAUAAUAUUUACAGUCAGCAGCAGGAUAAAAUAAGCACUCAGGAUAUGUAAAAUACUUGUACAACCUGAGCCACACCUGACAUACAAAUACCAACCCCCAGCUUGUCUUCAAUUACAAUUUGGUUAAUGUCAUCAGCAAAUGUUAAGAUCAAAAUGUUAAGAUCAAGCCGCAUUCUGCCUGGAAGCUUACAGGAGGCAUGUCGGUAUCUGUAUGUAAAAUACAAUCAAUCCUGGAUAUAGCAAGCCAGCAGAGAACCAGGUUUUAGCUAUCAAGGGAAAAUUUUUCCUUUCCCUGCACUGUUGGAUGCCAUGAUGAGUUAUACCACAGAUACCUGGAAGCUUGUGAAUGUCAGGGAACACAACUGGAACCAAUACAGUUCAGUAUGUAGGAAGCCAUUCCAGAACCGGUUCAUGCAAAAAGAUGGAAGCUGCAACGUUUAUUUCAAGAACAUAUUUGGUGAAUGGGAGAGCUACGUGGUGGACAUAUUUACUACACUUGUGGAUAUAAAAUGGCGUCAUAUGCUUAUUAUAUUUUCCUUAUCAUAUGUCCUGUCAUGGUUGCUGUUUGGUUUCAUCUUUUGGAUCAUAGCUCUCCAGCAUGGAGAUCUUAGAGAUAUGGAGAUAACCCCAUGUAUUGACAAUGUUCGUACAUUUGCAGGCGCAUUUCUUUUCUCUCUGGAGACCCAGACCACCAUUGGUUAUGGCAACAGGUGCGUUACAGAGGAGUGCUACAUGGCUAUCAUCCUGGUGACACUUCAAUCAGUCCUCAGUUGUAUUAUAGACACAUUUAUUAUAGGUGCCGCAAUGGCAAAGAUGGCAACUGCUCGUAAAAGAGCUCAGACCAUACGUUUCAGUUACUUUGCACUGGUUGGAAUGAGGGAUGGCAAAUUGUGCCUAAUGUGGAGAGUUGGGGACUUUCGGCCAAACCACGUUGUUGAAGGAAACGUAAGAGCUCAGCUCCUACGUUACCACGAAGAUCAUGAAAAAGGCAUCACCAUGGAAUAUAAGGACCUCAAACUGGUCAAUGAUCAGAUCAUACUGGUCACCCCAGUCACAGUGGUUCAUGUUAUAGAGCAGGACAGUCCAUUGUAUGCACUGGAUCGAAAAGGGUUAGCUUCGGAUCGAUUUGAAAUCUUGGUCACCUUUAUAUACACAGGCGACUCCACAGGGACAUCGCACCAAUCACGGACAUCUUACUUGCCCCGUGAGAUCCUCUGGGGCUUUAGAUUCAACAAUAUUUUACAGGCCAAGAAAAAAUACUAUAAAGUAGACUGCGUGCAAUUUGAGGAAAUGACAGAAUAUUAUGCACCAUUCUGUAGUGCAAAGCAGCUGGAUAUCAAUUCACAACCCAGCAAGGCGACCCCAGUCUCAAUAAUCAAUGGCUUAUCUAAUGCAUCACCAAGUAUGACUAGUGUUUCAUCUCUUGGCACAAUAGACAGCAGCAAUGCAGAUAACGCAUCUAUCUUCCACAGUAGCGUACUGGAAGAGAAUGGAGUGAAACCAUCCCGGAAAGUAGUUGUGACGUUGAGCCAGUUAUCCCUGGAAUCAUAAAUAUGUUUUGAAAUAAGCAACAAUUCCAUGAGAUUAGUACAUUAUUCAAAUCGAAAGAGUCCUCAUAAAACUUUGAGAAGAGGAGAUGGCAUUUUACACUGUUGAGCGACCACCACACGGUGCAGACAACUCAAUGGUGAACAUACUAAAUUAUUGACAGAAGCUUUAGGAUGGAAUAGUUGAUUUAAUCAACUUUUUAUCAGCUUUGAAGAUACAUGUGCACUGCAAUAUUUAAAGGAACACAAAGGUGAUGCUUUUUAGUUUUUGGUAAUGCCUCUUAUUAAUAGUUAGCCUGUCUUGGAUCUAUAGGUACUUGAGGACAUUUUUUUUUGGUUGUAUAUGAUCAUUAAAGCUACAUCCUGGUCCCUAAGCUCCUCCAUAGGGCUUCAUUAAGGACAAAAUCCAGUUUGCUCUAUAGUAAUACUGAUGGACAAGCAAAGCAAGAAAGUAUGAGCUUCUGCCUAACUCAAUUCAUCUCUGCAACCAGUGUUUCUUCUGCUUAUGAAGACAUAAUACAUAUGACACUGAAUGGAGUACCACGUAAUUUAAAAAUGUACAAAACAUUGGCUCAGAUCAUUGUCCCAAGAGGGUAUCUGGGUUGACAUCUCAACAAAAUCAUUUCUCUUAUUUAUCUGCAAGGACAACAUAGUCACGGCAUAUGCAAAUGAUCGGGUCGAAGAGCUCCAGGAGUAAAAGGGGUUAAUGAGUGAUACACUCUAUAACAUUUAGAAAGCAAACCGCUGAUCAUAUGUUUUAAAGGAACCACUUUUUCCACUUGUCACAUCGAAUUAAACUCUCCCAAGCCUUUCUGAGUAUUAUAACCACCAUUAUCUCACUGUUUGAGAAUUCUGAACAUUACUGCUGUGAUUACUUAUAUUAAUAGCCAAAGAAAGAAAUACUCUAUUUCAAAAAAGAUAAAUGUAUGCUUCAUCAGAUAACAGAAAAGGACAUUUUUUGUGUUUUCUUAGCAUUCUAGAACUUUCAACAAAUGUUUGUUUUUUUUUUAAAAAAAAUGGGAUAUAUACACUGUUUUUUCCCCAUAUUUUUGUGGAUAAAAUGUCGGGAAGAUAAUGUCACGGAAGGAGAAAAAUGCAAGGUUUAUAUUUAAAUCUGUAGUUAAAAUGAGUGUGUUAGAUAUGCUGCCAGUUACUGUAUGUGUAUCUUUUCCAUGACACUGGAUAAUAAAUGCCACAUGAAUGCUGCA